AGAAGAGCCAGUAUUGCCGAUAAAAGAAAUGAGUUUACCUCCUCAGAGUCACUUUUAGCUCAAAGGGGAGUUUGUAAUCAUCAAUGUGAGAAUUGUCAACUAGCUGCUCAAGAAAUAGGGCAUCUUCUUGAUUUUGUGACAAACGUAAGACCAACAGGUAGAGAGACCCCACGUGCUAAUGGAAGAAGGGGCACCAGGGCAGCAAAACUAUGUGUCACACUCUGUCUGACUGAAUGGUCGCAGUCACUCAUGCACCUCAGAAGAGGCACAACCAAAAGAGGAGCAUAUGGUACGAGUUCCAAACCCAGUCCCUGUACAAGCAAACUCACAAGCAUCCCAGCUCCUUGUCUGGCAUGCACAGAUCCAAUAUCACCUAACAUAGGAACAACAUUCUCGAUAAGAGAACCCAUAACAUCCAAAGUCAUCGACUUGGCCAUUGCUGUUAUGCACCUCGACGCGGAUAAUCUUACUGCAAUAUGA